AUGUCGUCGGUACAGGCGCUGAAGGAUGAACUCCUGGCAAAGAAGGCGCGUCUGGCAGAGUUGAAGCGCCAGAACGAGCUCAAGAGGAAGGAGGUCAGCAAUCGGCAGAGCAUCAGCGAUCCAGCACAACUCGCCCAAGCGUCACCUCUUCGUGGCCGGAGUACAAACCUUGGAGGCGAUGAUCUAGACGACUUGGUAGCUCGUCUGGUAGAUCGACCGAGCUCCACAGCCCCAGGCACGCCCAAGUCAGGCAAGAGAAGCAGCGGCGCGGACGAAACACAAUCUCGGGCAGGGGCAGAGAGCACACCACAGCCCGCGCGGACGUACCAGGAUGCCAGCACCGAUACGCAGACUCUGAGCUUCGCGGAGUCGACUACGGUCUACGAGAUCCCGGUGGAGACGAAGCCCGAGUACAUUAGCUACAGCAAAGGCGUGCAGACUGAGCCACGGCGAUCGCCCUCGCCCGGUGAAAUUGGAGAGCAGCAUGGUGCAGAGCUUGACGGGACGGAGAGGCGGAGAAGGCGUAAUCUGAGCCAGCGGGAGGUGGAAUUGGAAGAGGAGCAGAUCCGGCAAAAGUUAAGAGCGGAAGUGGAAGAGGAGCUGCGGGCAUUGCAGCUGCACGAGCAUACAGCAGACGACAAGCAACGGUUUCCUGUGCGCGCUCUCGCUCCUGAAGAGCUGAAUGCGGUCACGAACAGCAACGACUUUCUGGAUUUCGUGGACAGGAGCAGUAAGGUCAUCGAGCGGGCAUUGGAUGAAGAAUAUGACUUGCUGGCCGACUACGCCUUGCAAUCACGUGCACUGGACGAUGAUGCUGACGACUAUGCUGGGCAUCGAAGAGGCAGGCGAAUCAAAGAGGUGGCUUCGUUCGAUCUGGCAGACAGUAUGGGUCGGAAGCGAAUGCUGUCUUCCAUUGACUUCAGUCCAAAGUUUCCUGAGCUACUUUGUACAGCGUACACGAAAUCGCAGCAGUCACCGCACUCGCCUCCUGGCUUACUGAACGUCUGGAACAUGCAUCUCAAGGGUCGGCCAGAGUACAGUCUCCACGCCACCUCUGACCUGUUAUCCUGCCUCUUCCACCCUUACCAUCCAUCAUUAAUUCUUGGCGGCACAUACUCCGGCCAGCUCUGUCUUUGGGAUACGCGGACUCGCCAUCAACGUACCGGCGAGCCAGUCCAGAAGACACCACUCACUGGAGGUCGCACCGGGCAUGCCCACCCCAUCUACUCACUAGCUGUGGUCGGCACCCAGAACGCCAGCUCUGUCAUUUCAGUAUCGACCGAUGGCGUCGUCUGCGCCUGGUCGCCGGACAUGCUGACCCAGCCGCAAGAAUACCUCGAACUGAAGUCUCCAAAUCCCAGCGCCUACAAGACCGACGAUGUAGCACCGACGUGUAUCUCUUUCCCGGCCAGCGACCCUACCUACUUCCUCGCUGGUACCGAGCAAGGCGCCAUCAUGCCUGUCCACCGCUACGACCGCGCUGGCGCCAAGGCAGGCGUGGAUGCGCGUUGUCAGUACCGCUCUCAUGAAGCGCCUGUUAUGGGUGUCGACUUCCAUCCAGCGCGCGGUAAAAUCGACUUAGGCGACAUGUUCUUGAGUUGCGGCCUCGACUGGAGUGUGAAGGUCUGGCGGGCACAGCCACCUUCAUCCACUUCCGCAGCCACGAUAUUCGGCCAGUCCGAAGCCGUAACUCCCCUCUUAUCAAUCCCGCGAGAAGACGCAGUCUACGACGCCCGCUGGUCGCCAACCAAACCUAGUAUCUUCGGCUGCGUAGACGGCGCCGGCAAGCUGGAUAUCUACGACAUCAACGCUUCAUCCGAGAUACCAGUCGCCAGCGCUCGACCCAGCCAUCAGGAGAAGGAUUUGUAUGCACUGCGUAGUCUGAACAAGAUGGCUUGGGAGAAGAAUCAAGGAAGGAAUGUAGCUGUUGGGGGUCUCGAUGGUGUGGCCACAGUGUUCGAGGUUGGGCCUGAGUUGGGUGGAGUGGAGAGUAAGGGUGAUGCGUGGGUGGGAGUGAGGAAGUGGGUUGCGCGACAAGGGAAAAUGACUACUGCCGGGACCGUAUGA